AACCAUGGUCCUUGCCCUGGCAACCCUCAUAUCUGCAUUUGGCUCAUCUUUCCAAUAUGGAUACAAUGUGGCUGUGGUUAACUCUCCUGCUCUGUACAUGAAAGAGUUUUACAAUGCCACAUACUUGGGGCGCUACAACAAGCCAAUGGAGGAGAACUUCCUCACUCUGCUGUGGUCCCUCUCUGUCUCCAUGUAUCCAAUGGGGGGAUUUUUUGGGUCACUGAUGGUGGCUCCACUGGUCAACAAACUAGGAAGGAAGGGUACUCUCCUCUUCAAUAACAUCUUCUCCAUUGUCCCUGCUGUCAUGAUGGGAGUCAGUGAGAUCUCAAAAUCCUAUGAGAUUAUAAUUGUAGCCAGAUUUAUAGUGGGCAUCUGUGCAGGGUUGUCAUCUAAUGUGGUGCCUAUGUACCUGGGUGAGAUCUCUCCCAAAAACCUGAGAGGAGCUAUUGGUAUUGUACCAGAACUCUUCAUCACCAUCGGCAUCCUCAGUGCACAGGUCCUGGGGAUAAAAAACAUACUGGGAAACAGCACAGGCUGGACUCUGAUGUUGGGCCUCACUGCCAUCCCUGCCGUGAUCGAGCUCCUGCUGCUGCCAUUUUUCCCUGAGAGCCCAAGGUACAUGCUCAUAACGAGAGGGGACGAGAAGACCGCAAGAAAAGGACUGCAGCGUCUGAGGGGCUGGGAGGACGUGGAUGAAGAGUUGUCAGAGAUGCGGGUGGAGGACCAGUCGGAGCGAGCAGAGGGUCAUCUGUCCGUGCUCGCGCUGUUGUCGAAACGCUCUCUCCGCUGGCAGCUCAUCUCCAUUGUUGUCAUGAACAUGGGCCAGCAACUGUCCGGGGUCAACGCGAUUUACUAUUAUGCAGACAGUAUUUAUGCCACUGCUGGGGUCAAGCCCAGUGAUAUCCAGUAUGUGACCGUGGGAACUGGUGCAGUCAAUGUCUUCAUGACCAUAGCUGCCGUUUUCAUUAUAGAAGCCUCUGGACGCCGUCUCUUGCUGCUCAGUGGCUUUGGGAUCUGCUGUGGUGCCUGUGUGUUACUGACUGUGGCUCUCAACGUGCAGGACUCUGUGACGUGGAUGCCCUAUAUCAGUAUCUCCUGUGUCAUCAUCUACGUCAUUGGCCACGCCAUUGGCCCCAGUCCCAUCCCGUAUGUCCUCACCACUGAGAUGUUCAGGCAGUCUGCACGGCCCGCUGCCUUCAUGGUGGCAGGGUCUGUGCAUUGGCUCUCCAACUUCAUUGUGGGACUGGUCUUCCCUUUUCUGGAGAGAGGCCUGGGCGCCUUCAGCUUCAUCAUCUUCUCCUGCAUCUGUUUGGUUACACUGAUCUACAUCUGGGUGGUGGUUCCUGAGACCAAAAACCAGACAUUUUUGGAGAUCUCUCAGGUGUUUGCCAAGAGGAACAGAGUGGAGAUCAAACUAGAUUUAAACCACGAGCCCAGAGGGAGGUGUUGGGACAUCAGUAGAAAACGCCCAUUGCUCUGCCCAGAAGCAGCAGCAGUAAUGUUGAACCAUCCUCAAAGUUACUUCAGAGGUUCUUCCUAA